CUUCGUCAGUUGUCAGUUUUGUUUGGGCAAUUGGGCUUGGGCUUUGCCCUUUGGGCUUAGCAGCUGCAGCUGGCUUCUCCUUCGCCGGGGCAGCAGCAGCGACAGGUUUAGAAGCUGCAGACCGAGCUGAUGGAAGUUUGUAGGAGCUCUUAGGUUACUAGAAGCAACAAGCUUCUUCAAUUGGUUAAGCAACGAUUUUUUGAAAUUUGGUGGAAGAUAUUUCUGCUCAUCUUCAAUGAACUUCGUAGCAGAAAGCUUGAAAGAAAGUUAUUUCUAUCUCUUCUCCUUCUUCAUUUUUAGUUUUUCUGGAGAGAAAGGAAAAAUGCAAAAGAAUGAUGAAUAGAACGUAUAGAAAUGUAGUGAACUUGCUUAACCCAACCUCUCGAUUCCCUCCCCUGAAAUCAUCCAUUGAAUCGCUCUGUAAUGCCAAAAGGCUUACGGGAGCUCUAAGACUUGCUUUUGACAACCCCAUCGAAGCAGACUAUACUAUUUAUUCAAAUAUAAUUCAGCUUUGCAUUGACUUAAAAGCUCAUAAGCAGGGUCGUUUGGUUCACUCCCAUCUUAUAACUAAUGGGUUUCCUUCAAAUGUUCAUUUGGGAACCAAGUUGAUAAUUUUAUACACAAUGUCUGGUGACAUGGUGUCCGCCCGCAAGAUGUUUGAUAAAUUGCCUGAAAGGAAUGUGGUUUCAUGGACUGCACUUUUAUCUGGGUACUCUCAGAAUGGGUAUUCAAAAGAAGCCCUUGAUGUGUUUGUUGCUAUGCGUAGGGAAGGGGUGAGGGCAAAUCAGUUUACUUAUGGAAGUGUCUUGAGGGCGUGCACUAGUGUGUCAUGUAUGACUUUAGGAAAUCAAAUACAAGGGUGCAUUCAGAAGAGCAGGUUUGUGGAUAAUUUAUAUGUACAGAGUGCGUUGGUUGAUUUUAAUUCCAAGUGCGGAGAAAUGGAGGAUGCUUUUUGUAUAUUUGAGUCAAUGGCAGAGAGGGAUUUGGUUUCUUGGAAUGUCAUGAUUUCUGGAUAUGCUUUUCGAGGUUAUAGCAUUGAUGCAUUCCUGCUGUUCCGUUGGAUGUUCAGACAAGGUAUACUUCCCGAUUGCUUCACAUUGGGAAGUGUCCUCAAAGCAUCUGUAGGAAGUGGCAAGUGUUGUGGACUAGUGAAAAUCAGUAUGAUACAUGGAUGUAUCAUUCGACUUGGUUAUGGGUCAUUUAGUAUUAUUAGUGGAGCGUUAGUUGAUGCCUAUGUGAAAUGUGGAAACCUGGCUAAUGCAAGUUAUAUAUACAAGAAGAUGCAGAACAAAGACAUGAUUUCAUGCACUGCGCUAAUUACUGGAUACGCACGUGAAGGUAAAAAUAUAAAUGAGUGCCUGGAACUCUUUUGUCAAUUACAUCGGAAUCAUAGGGAAAUUGAUAGCAUUAUUUUAUGCUCUAUGAUCAGCAUAUGUGCCAAUACAGCGUCACUGUCUUUGGGGAGACAACUACAUGCUAUUGCGAUCAAAUAUAAGAGCACUCUUGAUGUGGCGAUGAGUAAUGCUUUGGUUGAUAUGUACGCAAAAACAGGAGAAAUUGAAGAUGCCAACAAUGUUUUUCAGCACAUGACAGAGAAAAAUGUAAUAUCGUGGACGUCGAUGAUCUCUGCAUAUGGUAUGCAUGGUCGAGGAGUCGAUGCAGUUUCAUAUUUUAAGAAGAUGGAGUGUGAAGGCUUUGAGCCAAACGAUAUAACAUUCUUGUCUCUCCUAUUUGCUUGUAGUCAUAAUGGGUUGACUGCUGAAGGAUGGGAAUGUUUCAGUAAGAUGGUUAGAAAGUAUAAAAUUGUUCCAAGAGAUGAGCAUUACUCUUGCCUAGUGGACAUUUUUGCACGCAGCGGUUGUUUGAAUGAAUCAUAUGAUUUGAUUUGCACGAUGAAUAUAAAGCCUAGUGCCUCUCUUUGGGGUUCAGUUCUUGGGGCAUGUAGCAUACAUGGCAAUAUGGACCUUGGAAAGGUAGCAGCCAAGCAUUUGUGUAAUAUUGAUCCUACGAAUGCUGUUAGCUAUGUGGUUCUAGCAAGUAUGUAUUCUGCAGCUGGCUUAUGGGAUAGCGCUUGGAAGGUUGGACCUCUUCUGUGGUAUCACCAUUUGUUGUGUAUCUGGGCUCUUCUUGAGCAAUUGCCCUUAAAUUAUGAUUAUCUUCAUUAUUUAUUCCUUUUUUUUUCGAGGAUUUUUAUCUUUGGAAUCAAUUGGUUUUCCACGUUUUAAGUGUGACCUAGACAAAUUUGCCUGAACAAAUUGUCCUAUCGGGACAUCAAUUCGAAUUGAGCAUUAGCAACUGGGAUAUGCGAUUUAGUAAAU